UGCGCGAGCGGCGGGGCUUUCUCCCGAGCCGUCGGAGGGAGCGGGAGCGCUUCUCCUCAGCUGGUGAUUGAUCAGUCGUGGGCAGACAUGCAGGAGUGAGUGAAUGGUGAAAAGCUGCAGACCUGAUGGGCCGUGAGGAUGUAAGUGCGUUUGAAGGCUCUCAUACCCUUUCCUCCAGGGUAAGGAAGACCAAUCUGAAGGGUUAAUAGUCCUCUAGGAUAAGAAAGGACACCAGCAAACUGUCCGUGUGAGUCUUCAAGAAAGUGAUUGAUGUCUGAAGGAUUAUUUCUUUCCCUGCCACCAAAGACAGAAUCAUGAAUAAACUGGAGGACAAGCAGGACCAGAUGAUACCAUGAAGAGAAGUUUACAGGCCCUCUAUUGCCAACUGUUAAGCUUCCUCCUGAUCUUGGCACUGACAGAAGCACCAGUACUUGCCACCCAAGAACCGUCUCCCAGGGAAUCUCUUCAGGUCCUCCCCUCAGGCACCAUGGUGACAGCACCCCUCGACUCUACCAGACACUCAUCCAUGGCGGCUGCCCCUUCCUCCAUGCUGACACUGACCCGCCACCCUGAUGGACCCCCCUCACAGGCUGCAGCUCCCGUGAUAACAACAACGUCCCACCCAGAUGAUCACCCUCCUACCAAUGCCAUCUCCACCCUGAUGGCAGCAACCACUCCCUACUCCGAAGGCUCCCUGCCCAUGGGGCCCCUUCCUGCUGCCAUGGCAACCACACCCCCUCACUCUGAGAGCCGCCCCCCAGGGGAGGCUGUGCCCACCAUUCUGCUGACGAAGCCAACAGGAGCCACCAGUCACCCCACCUCAGCACCUAGCCGGGGGGCCACACGCAGGCCCCCCAGGCCCCCAGGCUCUUCCCGAAAGGGGGCUGGUAGUUCAUCACGCCCUGUCCAGCCUGCAUCCACUGGCCACGCUGGGAGGAAGGAAGGCCAGUGCAGCCGAAAUCAGAGUUCCACGCACCUAGGGCAGAAGCGGCCCCUGGGCAAAAUCUUUCAGAUCUACAAAGGAAACUUCACAGGGUCUGUGGAGUCUGACCCGCCUGCCCUCACCUCCAGGAAUCCGCUCGGGAGCGGCUCCUCCCCACCACAGCCCCAGACAGUGGCUGCAACCAUGGUGCCCAGUAGGACCUCAUGGGCACCUCCCACCAACCCCCUGGUGCCUACAGAGGACAAGACAGGACCUGGCAGAGGACCAGGGGGUGGUUCUACCUUCACCAGCCAAGGAGGGAAGCCGGACACCACUGCAGCCUCAGGUGCCCCUAGCAGUCCACAAGCUGCCACAGUGCCUUCUCAGCACCACCGUGGUGACCCACAGGAUGGCCCCAGCCACAGUGACUCCUGGCCUACUGUCACCCCUGGUGACACCCCUGCUGUCACCAGAAGACCUCCAUCUGCCAGCUCUGGGGUCUUCAAGGCCUCCGAUGGGCCCACCCAGGCUGCCUUCGAUGCCAGUGUCUCUGCCCCUUCCACGGGCAUUCCUCAGGGAACUUCCACAACCCCACAGGUCCCAGCCCACCCCACCGGGGUCUCAGAAAGCACUGUUUCCCAAGCUGAGGAGGAGACUGCGGCCACCCCCACCAUGUCUGACAGGGUACCCAGCCCUUUCUCCACAACGGUGUCCACAGCCACAGGAAACUUCCUCAACCGCCUGGUCCCUGCAGGAACCUGGAAGCCUGGAACAGCAGGGAACAUCUCCCAUGUGGCUGAAGGGGACAAACCCCAACACAGAGCCACCAUCUGCCUGAGCAAGAUGGACAUCAUCUGGGUGAUUCUGGCCAUCAGUGUGCCCAUCUCCUCAUGCUCUGUCUUGCUGACAGUGUGCUGCCUGAGGAGAAAGAAGAAGACAGCCAACCCAGAGAACAACCUGAGCUACUGGAACAACGCCAUCACCAUGGACUACUUCAACAGGCACGCUGUGGAGUUACCAAGGGAGAUCCAGUCCCUUGAAACCUCUGAGGACCAGCUUUCAGAGCCCCGCUCCCCAGCCAAUGGGGAUUACAGAGACACUGGGAUGGUCCUCGUUAACCCCUUCUGCCAAGAAACACUGUUUGUGGGGAAUGAUCAAGUGUCGGAGAUCUAACUGCACCCCUCGCCUUGUCGGUCUCUACUUUUCAUCUCUAAAUUAUAACUAUACAAAUAGAUAUUAUAAAUGUAAUCUUUGUGUAACCCUGACUUAAUGAGACACAUUUUCUGCUUUUUUUUCCCCUAAGAAUUGUCAACAUCUUUUUUAUAAGUGUGGUUUAAAAAAAACUUUACAGAACGAUCCGUGGCUUUAUAAAAUAAAGAUAUUUCUAAGCAAAGCAGUUGCAUUGAUUGCGUCUCUUAAUAACUGCCCAUGAGCACGUGGAGGCCCCAGCAGCCGGGGCAGGUGAGGGAGGAGACAGACCUGUAGACCUGGACGCUAGCACGGUCAAGUGCGUGGCCCUCUGAAUGCUUCUUAAAACUGGUUCCUCUUGAUUCUGUGUGGCCCCACCUCCUCCCCUCUCCUGUGACACCCGUGAAAGGAGCAGUGGACUUGUGGCGGCAGCAGGAAGGGAGCACCUCACCACCUCGAGGACGAGUGCCCGGGCCCUGGCGAUGGCACCGUGGGCCGUCCCGUGUUACGGACACAGGCAGGAGCUCGCCGCCUCAGGAACCCUCAGAGGACAUCAGGCGUCCAGGGCCCCGUCCCCCAGGCAGCACCGGGCAGGGAGUUUCCACUGUGCUAACAGGACUGCCUUCCCUGGUGGAACAGAGGCUACCCUUGGAGCACAUUCCUGCGUCCUCUCCACCCACAUCUGCAUUAACACGCCGUGCCUUUCUCUGGAGAGGGUUUAGAUGCCGACCCCAGCCCUGAAGCUUUAGAAUGCUUGCCCUGCGGAGAUCCAGUGUUUACUGGGGUUCAGCUUUGUGUUCUCGAAUGGCCAUCGCAUUGAGCCCCUGAGGAACAUGUUUAAGAAGCCAUGAGUAUGGAACUGUCCUUUUCCUGCCAUCAUCAGACAACCAGAGUGCCAGGGCGGGGUCACUCUGGAGAAGUUGUCUUGAUGCCCCUCCUCAGAACUGCCUGGGGGUCAGCAGGUGAACUUGCCACCCAGGCCUCGAUUCCUUAUCUCCCUGCAUCGCUCCCUCCAUUGGCAGGGUCCUCUGCACCCCCGGCUCACUGCUGUACCCAGUACGCCAGUGGGCGUCAGGCCCUCAGAGACCAGCAGGGGCUCCCAGCAAUGGCUGUUUCUCUAUUUUUUUCCUAAUAGAUAGUGGCUGGGAGAGAAGAUGACUGCUUUGACACUUCCUUUCUCUAAAAGAAAUAGUUUGAUAGUAUAUUUUGAAUAUAGAUGUUCUUAUAGUCAGAUCGAGAGUUGAAAUUGAAUGUCUGUUCAUAUGUUCGUGUUGUUGCUGUAGUCUUUUUAUCAUGACUUUUUCCUUUCUUCCUGCAUUUUCUUUAAAAAAAGGAUGGCCUUCAAAAAUGUGUGUUCUCCAUGUUGUAUGACCUAUUUAAUAUGCAUUUCAUGGUUGUCUCUCUUCGAAGACUUCAACCCACAAAGAAGCAGGUUAACUGUUGCUCUGAGAUUCACUUUCUGGUGUGCUGCUGUCUGACUUUUAACCUUAACAAAAUAUUUCUGUUAGCUAUUGUAUUGCAUUUAAUAUAUAAAUGUGUGUGUGUAUAUACAGAAAGAAAUCUGUAAAGUAAAAUCUAUAUAUAAUAUAUGUAGUCAAAGAUACAUAUGUUAUAUAUACAUAUGUGGAUGUAUGACUUAUUUUUCCUUAUCCACAGAAUUCAGCUAUCGUGUAUAUAUAAAUAAACUUAUUUUAUUAGCCAGAGGAUUAAGUUGCUAAUACAUUUUGCAUUCUUUUCAUUUUCAACUAACUUUUGUCUUCCUUUCGUACCAACACCACCUUAUGUCAA